AUGAAGGCGAACGUCGUGCAGAAUCUCCUGCAAACGAAGAGGAAGCUUGGAUCACGAAGGGAUUCACUUGUUGAUGCUAAAGUAGAAAGUAUCCUCAAUAGCAAUGGAUACUUCGAAGGCAACACGACGGCCUGGGUCCCAUACAGAACGGCUGACGGUGUGAGCCUCAUUCUGCCUUUUGUAAGUGACAAAACGGCAUGUGAGGUGAACCACGUUGUAAAGAACUCCGAGCUUCCCAUUCGACUUGUUUUCCGACCUCCGCCUACACUGAAAGAUCUCCCGACAUCUUCUCGAAUCUACGAAAAACGGUGUCGCGAGCAGUCUUGUCGCUACUGUACAUCCGAAAAGAUCUACGAGCUUAAAGGCACCGUGUAUUUGAUUCAAUGCGGAGGAUGUGGAGAGAAGUACGUGGGGGAGACCGCAAGACCCCUGAAGACCCGCCUGGAUGAACAUAAAAGAGCGUUGGCCAAUCCCGCUGCCUACCCAAACUGCAGCUUUUCCAGGCACCGUACACUCAAACAUGAGAAGGGGAACGCUCCAUCUUUCGAUGUGAGGGUUUUGCAUAGGCCUGGGAAGAAAAAUCAUGGAAGCAUGGGAAAUAUGCCGUAUCAAGCCGGAAAUCAAUGCAAAGGAGGAGAUGCGUGA